UUUGGCAAAAGAAUUGCAACUUAACCAGAGACAUUCGCUUGAAGAUAAAACUUUGAAAUUAUUUAGUGUUUCUUAGAAACUUGUCAAAGUUGUCUAUCCUAUCUUCAAUUCUCAGUCAGUGAUUAGGACCUUUUGAAAUAUGAACCAAGAUUUAUUUGCAAACCCAUUUGGAAUUCCUCCUCCUGGUGAUGAUUCUUAUGCGUCUUUACGAAGAUAUACGAAUCAGUUUGAGGAGGCAAUUCCAAAAGAUCAAUUUGCUUUAUUCGAACAGAGACUGGCCAACCUUCUCAAAGCACUUGCAUCUAAAUUCCAAGGAGAGUCUCUUUCACAAGACCAUAUGUUUGAAUUGAAGCAGACACUUGAAACACUUAGCGAAAGGGUUCAUAAACUUGAGCAAGGACAGAACAGUCUCAGAGAAGAGUUGAUGCAAACACAGAAUAGCCUCAUAGAAAGACUAGAAGGUCAAUCUGAUUUAAUCUCAAGAAUACAGAAAAAUUAUUUCAAGACGACCAAUGGAUCUACCAAAGAUACUGAAGCAAUUGCAUUGUACGACGGUAUAGACUUUAGCCUGAGCUGUAUGAAUUAAGAGGUCAUUUCAGACAUCGAUGAUUUGAACGAAAGAAAGAUGGCAUAUUUAAAGAAGUACUUGGUGGAAUAUUAUAAUGUACUAUGAUGGUUGUAAUCCUGAUUCGUGACGGAAUUCCGAUUACGGCGGCUGUGGUACUGUUCAAGUUUCCAAUCGAGAAAGUUUCAGACAAAGAAUGAUACCUAUGCAGGAGGAUGGAUAGGAAGGAGAAGUCAAGUACCUGAGAUUUGGACACGAUUGAUAUGUUUAUGAAUAUUAUGAAUUUACUCUUUUCUUUACGAUAAAGUACGUCAAGAGAGACUCCUUGCAUUCUUUAAUUAAAAUAUAAUCCAACAAUAAGUACAUAACCUUUUCAUAACUUUAUGAAUUACUUGUAAUUCUUGGCUAUCACAACGACUAUCGAGUUUGACUGAUGCAAUCGAGUCUUCUAGGAUAUGUCUUCUUUAUAAGUAUUAUCCAAGGUUUCAUUAAAUUUGUCGUUUUUUUAGGUUUCUUUGAUAAUGAAUUGUGUGCCCAUUGAGGAAGUUAUGCCAGAUGUAAUCUCCUUGCAGCAACAAAUUUGCUAUCGGCCAGUGAAUGUUGCUGGGAUGAAAAGAGAGCGAGAAAACAAAUAAGAAAUGUAGUAUAAAUAAAAGUGAAAAUGAAGAUGCAUAAUAGCCGUUCUCAAAGGGCGUGCGAAGGAUGAA